AUGUACCAAUCACCUAACUCACCUCUUGAAUUUCUCCCAGUGACGCGUUUCCCUGGGAACGCCGACCCUCUGGACUCACUCCAUGACGUCAUCAAAAUUAAGGAAAAAGAGAGGGCCGAUAUCCAGGCGCAGCCCUACCGCACCACCCAACUCGUCUUCCCGAACCCCAAGAUAAAACCUGACUUGGUCAAGACCAAGCUGAUCAAGGGGAAGCCCACCACUUUUCGACCGCUGGAUCAGAGGACGGUGGUGGCCAAUUUAAACGAGAACCAAGCGCUGGUGCACCGGCAGGGGAUCAACCCCCGCUCGCUCUACUCUGACCAAAACGUCUCCGAAGCCAUCUACGUUCAGACUGGAAUCAAUUACCAACAACAACCACCACCUUCUGCACAUGCGCAACAAUACCAACACCAACAACCUCUUCAGACACCCCCCGCCUCCACCCAGCACUUAUCCGCCCCCGUCCACCGCACUCCGGACUCCCUCCCGGCCUUCAAGCCCCAAAACUCACCCACGUAUCGGGCAAUUUUAGAAGAGGAAGGUCCCGGCGUUGCCAUGGCAGCCGUGCAACAACGCGUCCAGGCCCCCAGGCAGCAGGGCGUCAGGGUCGUCCAACAGCAACAGCAUCAUAAUUAUAACCUAAACUCGGUUGGGAUGCCUCACGACCGGAUCGCGCAGAGCGGGUCCUUCAAGCGGCUGAUGUAUAACGUCAUGGGGGAAUUCUAA